AUGGAAGGAGACAGGCAGGUCCCAAAUGGCAUGGACCUGGCCCCUGCUCCUGGAUGGUGGUCCAGGGAGGUAGCAAGAUCAGAGAAGAGUGGCCGUGUGGCUUGGCGGGAGAAGUAUGUCCAAGGCAGCUUCCAGAGGCUGGGUUGGCCCAGGCCUGAGAGAGAACCUGGCCUCCCUGGCCUGGACUCUGAGAGCCGCUGCUCCAUCCUGCCUUGUGACAGGCUGCGGGGAGUGGGCUCUGGCUGGUGGUGCAGUGGCCAGCCUGCAUGCAGGAUGAGGUGCCUUGUGGUGCUCUUUGCAAUUUUCACUCUCUCCCAGGGCAGUGAGAUCACCAGGAUCCCUCUACACAAAGGGAAGUCGCUGAGGAGGAUCCUGGGGGAGCGUGGACUCCUGGAUGUUUUUCUGAGGGAAUACCAGUAUGCAAUCAACCAGAAGUACUCCAACUUUGAGAAGGUGGCCAACGAGCCUCUGACCAACUACAUGGACUGCCAGUACUUUGGGAAGAUCUCCCUUGGAACUCCACCCCAGGAAUUCACUGUGGUGUUUGAUACCGGCUCCUCGGACUUCUGGGUGCCCUCUAUUUAUUGUAACAGCACUGCCUGCCAAAAUCAUCCAAGCUUUGACCCACUCAAGUCUUCCACCUUCAAGAGGCUGGGCGAGCCCCUGUCCAUCGAGUAUGGCCUGGGCAGCAUGAAGGGCUUUUUGGGCUCCGACACUGUCAGUGUCUCCACCAUUGUGGUCCCUGACCAGACAGUGGGCCUGAGCACCCAGGAACCUGGCGACGUCUUCACCUACUCUCAGUUUGAUGGGAUCCUGGGGCUGGGGUACCCCUCUCUGGCCUCUGAGAACUCCGUGCCUGUGUUUGACAACAUGAUGAGCAGAGGGCUGGUGGUCCAGGACCUGUUCUCGGUUUACAUGAGCAGGCAUACCCAGGGGAGCAUGCUCACGCUGGGGGACAUCGACCCGUCCUACUUCACAGGCAACCUGCACUGGGUGCCCGUGACCACACAGAGAUACUGGCAGUUUACUGUGGACAGGGUCACCAUAGAUGAUGAGGUGGUGGCUUGUGCUGGCAGCUGUCAGGCCAUCCUGGACACGGGCACCUCCCUGCUGAUCGGGCCUAGCAAUGACAUCCUUAACAUCCAGAAGGCAAUUGGAGCCACCAUGGGUCCGUUUGGCCUGUUUAGGAUUGACUGCGGGAGCCUGAGCAGCAUGCCCACUGUUGUCUUUGAGAUCCAUGGCAAAAAGUACCCACUGCCACCCACUGCAUACACCAACCAGGGCCCGGGCUCCUGUACCAGUGGUUUCGAGGGUCGUGAUAAUUCCCAGCGAUGGAUCCUGGGGGAUGUCUUCAUCCGGGAGUAUUACAGUGUCUUUGACAGGACCAACAACUCUGUGGGGCUGGCCAAGGCCAUCUGAUUGCACGGACCUUGCUGUCCUCAAACACACACAUGUAUACACAUACACAUGUAUACGUGUGCACACAUGCACAUGCACACACUCACACACACAGAUCAGGUU